CUCUCUCUCUCUCUCUCUCGCAUCUGCUUCGCGUCGAACUCGAUCCUAGCGGAUGACCCGGGCGAGAAACCGCGGCCAACGACGGUGACGCGCAGCACGGGCGCGUGCUCGCGCAUAACCUCCCCCGAGUGUUCACGAGUGUUGAGUGUCGACGGAAGGGGUCGAGGGGGACCGACGCGCGGCGACCGGAGUGGAGCGAUAUAUUCGGUGUUGGUGCGCCGACCGGAAGGAAGAUCAGCAAAGUGCAGUGUGCCGGGAAAUAUCAUCGACCGAUCGUAAUCGUUCGGUAAUAAUUCGGUGAGAGUGGUGAGAGAGCGACGGAUACGCGCGGCAGUUGGAGUGCUCGGGAGAGCGACCGAGGAGCAGCAGCGGCAACGGGGAUCGGUGAUAUGCGGUAGUCGAGGGAAUUCCCCAGGGAGAGACAUGAGGACGGCCGCCGCCUACGUCCUGUUCCUUGCCCACCUCAUACAGGCGACAACCGCGAGCGGAUACUUCGAGGUGCAGAUCCUCUCGCUAUCAAACAACAGGGGCACCCUGGUGGACGGUAGAUGUUGCGGCGGAGGAGACGGGGGAGGAGGGUUCCCGCCGUGCACGAAGCCCUGCUCGACGGCUUUUUGGCUAUGUCUCAAGGAGUACCAGUCGAAUGUCACCGCCAUCGGCACCUGCAGCUUCGGCAACGUAUCUAGUCACGCCCUCGGCCCGAACACCUUCACCCUCGCCGAACCUGUCACCCUGCAGCUUCCCUUCACCUUCCGAUGGACGAGGCAAUUCACGUUGAUCCUGCAAGCGAGGGAUGUGCCGAGUGCCGGCGUGAUCGAGGAAACGAGUUACAGCGGCAUCGUUUUGCCCGAGUCCACGUGGCACACCCUCAAUCAUCAAGGUAAAAACGCUCACUUAGCGUACCGGAUACGUGUCCAGUGCGACGAGCAUUACUACAACGCUACCUGCACCAAGUUCUGCCGGAGUAGAGACGACGUUUUCGGUCAUUACAACUGCAGCGAAGACGGCGACAAAGUGUGCAAUGACGGAUGGACGGGCAACGAGUGUAACACGGCCGUCUGCAAGAAGGGCUGCCAUCCGGUGCACGGCUACUGCGAGGUCAGCUACGAGUGCAAGUGUCGGCACGGCUGGCGUGGCGACCUGUGCGACCAGUGCACGCCUUACCCAGGUUGCAAGCACGGCUACUGCAACGGCUCGAGCUGGCAGUGCAUCUGCGACACCAACUGGGGCGGCAUACUCUGCGACCAAGACCUCAACUACUGCGGCACCCACGAGCCUUGCCAAAACGGUGGCACGUGCCUCAACACCGCGCCGGAUCACUACCUGUGCACGUGCCCGGACGGUUUCUCCGGGCCAACCUGCGAGAAGAUCGACAACCCGUGCGCCACCAAUCCCUGCCUGAACGGCGCGACCUGUCACGAGCACGGGGAGAACGCGCAGUGCGUGUGCGCUGCGGGUUUCACCGGGCCCAGCUGCGCGACCGACAUCGACGAGUGCGCCUCGCAACCCUGUCAAAACAAUGGCACUUGCGUGGACGGCAAGAACAGCUUCGUGUGCAACUGCCCGUCAUCCUGGCAAGGCACGCUCUGCCAGUUUGACGUGGACGAGUGCGCGCUCAAGGACCCACCUUGCAAGAACUCGCUCACUUGCUCCAACUUGGCCGGCGACUACAGCUGCCGGUGCCGAAGCGGCUUCACCGGCAAGAAUUGUACAAGGAACAUCGACGAUUGCAUCGGCCAGUGCCAGCACGGCGCGCUCUGCAUCGACCUGGUGAACGAUUACCACUGCAGCUGCACCGCCGGUUACUCCGGCAAGAACUGCGACGUCGACAUCAACGAGUGCGCGUCCAAGCCGUGUCAGAACGGAGGCGAGUGUCGGGACCUGGUGAACUCGUACAAGUGCGUGUGUCCGGUCGGCUUUACCGGCUACCAAUGUGAGAUCGACCGCGACCAUUGCAGCCCGAAUCCGUGCCGGAACUCGGCGCCGUGCUUCAACACGCAGACCGACUACUACUGUCACUGUCCCGAGCAAUGGCAAGGCAAGAACUGCUCGGAACCGGCCGUACACAACCCCGAGUACGGCGUGACGGACGAGCAAUUCGGCUGCGGCAGUGAGAGCACGCCGUGCGGCGGUCGAGGCCGUUGCAGCGGUGGAAGAUGCAUCUGCGACCCGGGUUACACCGGCAUGCAUUGCCACGAGAACAUCAACGACUGUCACAGCAACCCCUGCCUGAACGGCGGCACCUGCGUCGAUCUGGUGAACUCUUUUCAGUGUAUCUGCAGAGAAGGCUGGAGCGGGGAUCUCUGUGAUCAAGACGUGGACGAGUGCAUGACGAAACCUUGUCGCAACAACGGCACCUGCAUGGACGGCGUGGCGGACUUCAAGUGCUUGUGUCGCGGCGGCUGGAAGGGCAAGACCUGCGCACUGCGCGGCGGUCACUGCGAGCCGGGCACUUGCCGGAACGGUGGCACCUGUCAGGAUCGCGGAGAUGGCUUCGCGUGUCACUGCCCAGUCGGCUGGGAGGGAGCAGCCUGCCACAUCGCGUCGCCGGCGUGCGCGAGCAACCCUUGCGAGAAUGGAGCGACCUGCGUGAACACCGCGGACGGCAACUACCGUUGCGUCUGUCGUGAGGGCUUCGAAGGGCCGAACUGCCGGCGUAAUGUCGACGAUUGUCAACCGCUGCCCUGCCUGAACGGCGGCAAAUGCGUCGACGGCGUCAACUGGUUCAGAUGCGAGUGCGCGCCCGGCUUCACCGGCCCGGACUGUCGCAUCAACGUGAACGAAUGCGCGAGCGGCCCGUGUUCGGCCGGGUCUACCUGUGUCGACGGUAUCGCGAGUUAUUCCUGCAUCUGUCCACCUGGCAGAACUGGCAUACGAUGCGAAAUCAGGACCGCCGGCGGGCCUGGCUGCAUGGCCGCCACGUGGGAUGACGAUUGCAACGUGUGCGAGUGUCGAAACGGCAAGAAUCAAUGCAGCAACGUCUGGUGCGGUCCGGGUAACUGCCUCAACGGUACCUCCUGCUUAGCCCACGAGGUAUGCGUUCCUAGUCCGGGCGAGAGCUGCUUGGCACCGCCGUGUCCGGCAUGGGGUGAGUGCCGGCCCAUCGAAACCGGCAGGAGAGUGGGACCACCGGCGUUACCGGCUCCUCCAUCUUGCUGGCCAGGGCAGUCCACACCAGGACCAACCUGCUCGAGACUCACUAUACUGCUGAGGAGGGACACCCUGGCGGCCGGUACGUCGGUGGAGCUACUGUGUCGUCGUCUGAGAAGACUCCUCGCUGAUCCGCGUAGACCGCAGUCGGUGGUGCUGCUCUGCGAUCUGAAACCCGGCGACAACGACACGGUAGAAGUGACCAUCUUCUCCGAGGCGGCAGCCGAUGCAGCGAGAGACCUCGGCGAAGCCCUCAGCCGUCCACUGGCAAGACCUCUCGCUCUGGCCUCCGUGUUGGAGGUCAAAGUGGAGACGGCUUUGCUCAGCGAGCCCAACUCGUCGGGUGCGAGCAACGCCGGUAGCUACGUGGCCGUUCUCGGCGGCGCUCUAGCGGCGAUACUGGUGUUGGUGCUGUUCGGUGGCCUCUGGUACCUCAAAUCCGUCAGGCACAGAUCCAGUCUGACGGCGACCACCAGCAGCGAGACUUCGUUACACCGACAUCGCGGCGAUCUGGAUGAGAAGUCGAAUAAUCUUCAGAACGAGGAAAAUCUGAGGAGAUACGCGAAUCCAUUGAAGGAUCAAGACUCCAGCGAGCCCAGAGUAUCGGUCGUGAGACCGUUGUCGGGUCCUUCGCUCGGCAGUCUGACCGCCACCGAGGAAAGCCUGGAGAUGGUGUCCGAGGAAGGUAGACACCGCUUGCCGCCGCUCUACAAGCCACCCAGCGCCGAAGCUAGGAACAACACGGCUAGUUUCAGUUACGAGGAGGGCGCACACAAGCCCUACAGCAAGCCUAGACUGCAGGAGCCGUCGUAUCCGCAUCAGCAACCGGGUACCAGCCAGACCCCAUCGGGACCGCAUCAAGUGCUGACGGUGCAUGUGUGAUCGAGUGUUUGAACCGUCCAAGUGGAAACAGUUCCGAGGUUCCGCAUGUUCCCCGACGCAUGUUCCCCGAGGAUUCUCCCGGAUUUCUCCCGGCCGGGGGGGGGGGG